AACUUCACUGACGGGAAAAAAAGAAAAAGAAAUUUAGAGAGAGAAAACAAAUUAAAGUGCAGAGAUGACGAAGGAACUGAGCGAAGAACCACCGGUGCACCACCACAAGGACUACGUUGACCCUCCGCCGGCGCCGCUCCUCGACAUGGGUGAGCUCAAGCUUUGGUCCUUCUACAGAGCCCUCAUCGCCGAGUUCAUCGCCACCCUCCUCUUCCUCUACGUCACCGUCGCCACGGUUAUCGGACACAAGAAGCUCAGCGCCGCCGACCAGUGCGACGGCGUCGGAAUCCUCGGCAUCGCCUGGGCAUUCGGCGGCAUGAUCUUCAUCCUCGUCUACUGCACCGCCGGAAUCUCAGGUGGACACAUAAAUCCGGCGGUGACAUUCGGGUUGUUCUUGGCACGGAAGGUGUCGCUGGUGAGGGCGGUGGCGUACAUGGUGGCGCAGUGCUUGGGUGCCAUCUGCGGCGUGGGUUUGGUGAAAGCUUUCAUGAAGAGCCCCUACAACCACCUCGGCGGCGGCGCUAAUUCUGUGGCCCCCGGUUACAACAAGGGAACCGCCCUUGGUGCUGAAAUCAUCGGCACCUUUGUCCUCGUCUACACCGUAUUCUCCGCCACCGACCCCAAGAGGAGCGCGCGUGACUCUCACGUGCCGGUAUUGGCUCCACUCCCGAUAGGAUUUGCAGUAUUCAUGGUUCAUUUGGCAACCAUACCCAUCACCGGAACUGGAAUAAACCCUGCCCGGAGCUUCGGGGCUGCCGUCAUCUUCAACAACGGCAAAGUGUGGGAUGACCAGUGGAUAUUCUGGGUGGGGCCAUUUGUGGGAGCGCUGGCUGCGGCGGCGUACCACCAGUAUAUAUUGAGAGCCGCCGCCAUUAAGGCUUUGGGUUCCUUCAGGAGCAACCAAACCAACUAAAGUGAAUAUUUGAUUUAGUCUGUUGUUAAUUAUUAUUGUUGUCGCUUGUCAAUUAUUAAUCUCUAUUUUGUUGGCUUCUGUAUGUGUGUGUGUAAUGAGAGGAGAAUGUUUAUUUAUUGUGAAUUAUCAUUUAUUUUCUUC